AUGGCAACUGAUCAAAAGCAUUCAUCGGAUAGUACACUUAACGUGCCAGAAGAUACCAGACAUUUGGGAGCUCGAAAAAAAUUGGAAGAUUAUUAUUCCAAAUAUGAAAAGCUUAAAAGGAGGGUCAAUUUAUUAGAAGCUGAAAUAGAAGAUUUGGACGAAUGUGUAGAUAAAGAAACCUUAGUCGACUUAAUACAAGAAAUAGUUUCAUCACUAAUUAUUAGAAAAUAUAAGAAGAGAGGUUUACUUUGUGAGCCCCUAAAUAGAUUUGACUCUAGUUUAUCCGACUCUAGUUCAUUUGAAGAUUCUGAAACGGUUAAAUGCUACUAUUCUAAAAAGAAGUUAAUAUCUUCAUUAAAUAAACAAAUAGACAGUUCUUUGGAGGACCACGUAAAUGAACUAUUGUCACAUCAUCCUAUAAAGAAAUUUAGAAGGAAAGACCAGGCACAAUUGUUAAAAUCUCACAUAAUUAAUACUAGUCUGGAGCAGAGAUCAUCAGCAUUACUUUGUUCUAAAGAAUUUUUUCUGAUUGAAAUAUCUUCUAACUAUAUAAAAAAUGAAUAG